AAUCUUAAAGACCAGGAAUCAGGAUGGGUGACUGUAAUUGCAUUUGUGAGAUCAAAGCUCUGCGUUCUAUGGUGGAGGACCUCAAGAAAACCAUAGGCAAAAGAACCAUGGUGGCUUUUUCUGCAUCACUUAGGCCAGAAGGACCAUUAAUUGGAGAUGGUUAUGGCAAAACUGGACCAUUCAACCACCUCGCCAAUGUGAUCUUCCAGGAGGCGAUCACAAACAUUGGUGAUGCUUAUGACAAAAAAACAGGUGUGUUCACUGCUCCUGAAAAAGGAGUCUACUACAUGACCUUCACCAUUUAUGGCUGGGCCAAUGCAGAGACCGUUGGUGCAGGCUUGUACAAGAACGGUACAGAAAUGUGUUUGGCGUGGCUGGGAGUCAAAAAAGUAUCCACUGAAGAUUUUGCCACCCAUGCAGUCGUUUUGCAGCUGGAAAAGGGGGACACUGUUAAUGUGCGUCUUCCCCAAGGGAUGCAAAUAACUAGCCGUGAAGGCUCUAAUGUCACCACCUUCAGUGGGUUCCUCCUGAACUCUGUGUGAGAGGGUAUUUCAUACUAAACCCUUUGUGAGAGACAUCAAUUGUAAACACAAAAUGUCUUCAAAUACAAUACU